AUGCCUUCACAAGUAUUUAUUGUGGUUUUUGUUUUUUAUUCAGUGGAUCCACUCGCUGAACCGUGUGCCGUCUGUGGCGAUAAAUCAACGGGAACGCAUUAUGGAGUGAUUUCUUGCAACGGUUGUAAGGGGUUCUUUCGCCGUACAGUGCUAAGAGAUCAGAAAUUCACAUGUCGUUUUAAACAUCAGUGUGUUGUGGACAAAAGCAUGCGAUGUGCCUGUCGAUGUUGCCGUUUUAACAAAUGUGUACGAGUCGGCAUGAAAAGAGAAGGUGAGCCGGACAGGUUGAUCCUUUAUUGUCAUUUUCUGACAUACAUUGUAAAAAGUACGCAGUCUUUCAUGAAGGAUCUCAUUCAGGAGAUGUGUUUACGUUACCGUAAUUCUGUUAUCCAACCUGCGGUCACAAGUCUGGGUGGAGAACCAUCGACUUCUGCGUUUACGCAACCAAACAAACCUUGUACAGCUGAGGAUCUUAAUGAAAUUUCACGUACUACUUUAUUGCUGAUGGUCGAGUGGGCGAAGGCACUACAACCGUUUCCGAAUCUGAUCAUGGAGGACAAAAUUAUUCUUUUGAAAAACUAUGCACCUCAGCAUCUUAUUCUAAUGCCAGCGUUCAGAAGUCCUGAUACGACGCGUGUAUGCCUUUUCAACAACACUUACAUGAGUCGAGAUCAGUCAAAUGAGUUGAAUGGUUUUGCUGCUUUCAAGACCAGUAAUAUUACACCGAGAGUACUCGAUGAGAUCGUAUGGCCGAUGCGGCAGCUUCAAAUGCGUGAAGAGGAGUUCGUUUGCCUUAAGGCUCUUGCUUUUCUUCAUCCUGAGGCAAAAGGGCUUACACCAACCAGUCAAACCCUUGUAAGAGAGGCACGGAAUAAGGUUCUCAAGGCGCUGUACGCAUUUAUUGUGGAGAAUAAUCGUGACGAGGCACCAACAAGGUACGGUAACAUCUUACUAUUGGCUCCUGCAUUGAAAGCUCUUACACAACUUUUAAUUGAGAACAUGACUCUAACGAAGUUCUUCGGAUUAGCCGAGGUUGAUUCACUUUUAUCGGAAUUUAUUCUGGACGACAUUAAUGAUCAAAGCGUAGCGCCUGUAAAUCUACAAGCUCAUCUUUCCGCGCCAGCAAUUCUGCCUACCUCGAUGGCUUCUCACGUGACCGGAGUAAGUGGAUGUUGUUUACCGAAUGCUGAAUCGUGUGGUAAUACUGUUAUGACCAUACUAUAA